ACUCUCUCCACCACUUUGCCAAGGUCUCUCCAUUACCACUUUUUCAUUUUUCAAUCUCUAUCUAAUGUCUUGUUCAUUGUACUAGAUCUAAUUCAAUUCAUCUCUUCUCGUUCACAGUCACACUACUCUUCAUUUUGAUCUGAUUCUCCCCCAAGUUGUUGAUUUUAUUGUUCGUAUGAAUAAUUUAAUUGAUACCCAGAAAGAAAGAUGAACUUUUGAUGAUAAAUUCAGUGACUUUGUUCGUCUUUGCGUAAUGUACAGUUGAGGAAUUGAUGGCGUCCAAGCUGGUUCAGUUACAAUCCAAGGCUACUCAGGCCUCUCAGCUUGUGGCUAAGCAUGGUACUUCCUACUAUAAGCAGCUGCUGGAGCAGAACAAGCAGUACAUCCAGGAGCCCCCCACUGUUGAGAAGUGUACUCUUUUGUCCAAACAAUUGUUUUAUACUCGUCUAGCCAGUUUACCUGGUCGUCGUGAAGCUUUGGCGAAAGAGCUAGACUACGUGAAGCAUCUAUGGAAGAACAGGCAGGAGCUGAAGGUGGAAGAUGCUGGAAUUGCAGCUCUGUUUGGGUUGGAAUGCUUUGCUUGGUUUUGUGCUGGUGAGAUCAUUGGUCGAGGAUUUACUUUCACCGGCUACUACGUUUAAUUACAGAGCCACACAAAUAAUUGCCAUUGAAGAUGAACUAGUCAAGCUUCUUCUCAUCAGUUAGUUAAUAUUUACAUUUGCUCUGUGAAAAUGUUUCUUUUUUGAUUAAAUAUUAGUCUUGUUAACACCAACCAUGUUGAAACUGUUGAGUGGAUUAAAUUCACCUGAAUAACCUUCCAGUUAAAAUAAUUGAUCAGCUUCUUAUU